AUGCCACAAGUUACUUAUCCAGUUUUAUCUGGAUAUUAUGAAUUACAAAAAACAAUUGGUAAUGGUGGUUUUGGUAAAGUAAAACAAGCCAUACAUCUUCUAACAGGUGAACAUGUAGCUAUUAAAAUAAUUGAUAAAGCUAAAUUAGGUAGUGAUGUAGCUCGUAUUGCACUUGAAAUAAAAGCUAUGAAAGAUUUACGUCAUCAACAUAUAUGUCAACUUUAUCAAGUUAUUGAAACAGAUGAAUAUUAUUUUCUUGUUCUUGAGUAUUUUUGUAAUGGUGAAUUAUUUGAUUAUAUUGUUAAUCGAAAUCGUUUAUCUGAAGAACAAGCUCGACAUUUUUUUCGUCAAAUUGUAUCAGCUGUAGCUUAUAUGCAUAAGAAAGGUUAUUGUCAUCGUGACCUUAAACCAGAAAAUCUUUUACUUGAUCGUCGAGAAAAUUUAAAAUUAAUUGAUUUUGGUUUGUGUGCUCAACCAAAAGGUGGUAUUAACUUAGCAUAUUUGGGUACAGCUUGUGGUAGUCCAGCUUAUGCUGCACCGGAAAUUAUUGCCGGAACAAAUUAUCGAGGCGAUGUGGCAGAUGUAUGGAGUCUUGGUGUGCUUUUAUAUGCACUUUUAUGUGGUAGUCUUCCAUUUGAUGAUGAAAAUAUUGCAUCGAUGUAUGCAAAAAUUCAAAAUGGUGUUUAUCAUAUUCCAUUAUGGUUAUCACAAGAAAGUAUUACAUUAUUACGUCUUAUGCUUCAAGUUGAUCCAACAAAACGAAUUCGUAUUGAUGAUCUAUUACGACAUCGUUGGCUUAUUAAUAAUGUUUAUCCUGAACCAAUCAAAUGGGAAUCUAUCUAUCAAAAUAAAUUAGAUGUAUCAUGUAUACGUGAAAUGGCUCUUUAUUAUAGUCGAACGGUUAAUGAUAUAGCUCAAGAAUUAUCUUGUAAAAAAUAUGAUUAUAUGGCAGCUACAUAUUUUAUUUUAUAUGAUCUUAAAUCACGUAAUAAAUCAAUACGUCUUUUAUCAAAUCGUACACAACCAAUAAAUUAUCGAACAUUUGAUGGACAUCAUCAUCAAGCAAGUUCUAUACCAACAAAUUUACUUCGUGAAAAAAAUCAAGAUUUAACUCCAAGAUCACGUACUGUACAUCGACAUCCACCACCAGCUGAUCUUUUACUUAUAUCUGAACAAAAUAAAACACAUUUACCAACAUCAUAUGGAAAUAAAUCAACAACACCAUCACAUAAUGAACAACGUAAUCGAAAUCAUAAAACACCAAAUAAAGAAAAUGUUGAAAAUUCACAUACAAAACGUCAUGAACGAAUAACACCAACUAUUAAAGCACCUAAUUGUCAACGAAUUUUAAUGUUUGCAGAAUCACCCGGUGGAUCUAGACGAACAACUGAAAAGAAAGGAGAUCAUCGUCUUAGUGCUUCAAAAUCAUUUGAUGAUGGUCUUGAUGAUAAUAAUCUUGAUGAUUCAAAGAUUGCAUCAGCAUUAAAAGCAUUUUCAGUUGGAGCUGUUGAUAGUGAUGAUUUAGAUGUUUAUUUAACACCACAACGUCAAAAGAAAAAUGUUCGUUCAUUAUUUGGUAGUGUUGAACGUGGUCUUAAUACAGUCAAACAAAUUCUUACACCAAAACGUACUAAUGGAAAUAAACCAAGAAAAACUUGGGAAACAGCUAAUGUUACUCCAAUAAAUCUUGAUGAUCCGGAUCAAAUAUGUGAUUUACUUGAACAAGCAAUAAAAAAUAAUUCUCAACUUAAAUAUAAAGAAAAAGGAAGUCGAUUUAUAUAUGAUGUAUUUAUUGAAGAUGAUUGGGGUAAAAUUGUAUUAGAAUUUGAUUUAGAAAUUGUUGCUAUACAAGGCAAAGAAUUAGGUAUUCAACGUAAACGUACCAAAGGUAGUGCAUGGCAUUAUAAACGAUGUUGUGAAGAUAUUAUUGGACAACUUACUCGUCUUUUACCUCCUUUACAAACAUCAGUUUAA